GGUGCUGCCAUCUUAUUUUUCGCUUCUGAGCAUGCGCAGAACAAUUUUUAUUGAGCAUAUUAAGAACGCGUGUACAGUGUGCAUAUGAGCAAACCAGCAAUAGUGCCUGCCGGAACCCACCCCUGAGUGAGAACUAAAGCAGGCUAAAUAGAUGUGGAUGCCAACUGACUGCAGAGGAGAAUUAACAAAAUGAAUUAGGUAGGAAUAGAGCUUUGAAUAGGAGCAGGUAAAUAAUUAAAAAAAAACACUUAUCAUUCAUAUUCUCACCACCAGUCCGCUACAGCAGGCUAAUUCAAAUUAUCCUGCCUGCUCUACUUUGUUGCUUGAAGCAAUUUAGGUUGACCUCUUUUUCUCUGUUCAAGGUCCCAGGUACACCAAUCCAUAGGCCAUUCCAAGGUGGGAAUUCAAGGGAUUUUGAAAAAAGGGUUGGGAACUUACAACUGAUGGAUAGGUUCAAAACAACAGAUAUACUCAUCCUUUAAAACAUUUUUGCACUAAAUAUACCAUUGACCCAACUGAACAAUAUGCCUUAUUUUUUGGAUUGGUCAGGCCACCUCUUGGGGUUUGAAUAUGUUUCAAUAAUGUGUUGCCUCCAUCUUUCUUCCCAAGUUCUUUAGAUCUCCCCAUAGUGGUCAUCCUGCAUGGGGAGCCUUCAGAGGAAAAGAAGUUGGAUAUGAUGAUCAUCCAUGAAGACUUCAACAGUACCAGUCUCAGAAACAACAUUGCUUUGAUCUUAUUGGAUUCUCCCAUCAACUUCAGUGAAAAAACGACACCAGUUUGUUUGCCCCUGUUGCAGGACCUGAGCAUAUGGCAAGACUGCUGGGUUGCCACAUGGGAGACUGUGAUGGCUGAUAAUGUUGAGAAAUUAACCCACAUAUUAAGGAAGGUAAAAGUGACUCUAAUUGACAGAGACGUAUGUUCCAAGGAAAUCCAAGGGUUAAUCGGGAAUGUCUUCUGUGCUGUUUCCAAGGAAAACAUGGAGGAGAACUGUGAGGUGGAGAGUGGGAGUCCCCUGUUCUGUGAUUCUGGAAGUAACAUGAAAUGGUUUGUGGUUGGCAUAGCAAGCUGGGGAGGUAACUGUGACCCAGAGGCAAGCUCCACAGUCUACACUGCAGUCUUCAGCUACCUUGACUGGAUACAAAAGACCACCGCACAAGAAGGAAAGCCCUUUAUUCCCGAAGGAGCAGAUGACAUUGGACCUUACACUCAAGUCUUUAUCCCAGAUUCUGUUGCCGGUUCACCCCUCCUUUCAAUGACCAGCGCAAUUGCUCCAGUUUUGCUACUGAUGGAUCCAGUUUACUGAACUGAACUCCUUUUUAUUAUAAAAUUCUGAUAUUGUGUAUUGAUCUGUCCCCAAUCCAGCACCAUCCGAAUGCAUUGGGCAAAGAUUCCUGUCCUGCCAGAAGGAUGAUCGAAGCCUGUUUAUCUGAUAUUUUCGGAAAGCAAAUAUUGGAAAAGGUUGCUGGGAAGCAGCUAUAACUCUCAGCAGAGCCUUCUCGGACUAU